AUGUUGCCCUGGGCUCGAACUCUGCAAGAAGUUAAACAUUUUUUUUGACUAAAACACAACCGGAACCCUAAGUAAGACAUGUGUAAAAUUUGAAUGAAAUUGGUUGUGUAGUUCUCGAGUUUUAGGGAAACACACAGACAGACAGACAGACAGACAGACACACAUUCUCAUUUUUAUAUAUAUAGAUAACAAGUAAGAAAGUGGCAGUCAACAAGUAUUAGUCAUAACACAUGCAACACAUCCAGAGAAAUAAAUACCAUGAAUAAGUGUAUGUAGCAGGAAGUGAAAAAAGUCACACAGGCAGGUGUCACAAUGUAAAUAGGUAGACAUCAAGCAGUGGGCGUUAUAGGAUGUUGAUAGUAUUGACAAAACAUAUUUUAGUUAUUAGAUGAAAGGUGUCACAGAAAUAAACCCUGGAAAUAAUAUAAAUUUAUAUAUGACUGUUGAAAGUUUAUUUGACACCUGAAGGCUGACAUUAAACGAUGUUGAUGAUGACCUACUAUUACAAGGUUUCCUUGUUGCCCACCCGGAGGAAAUGUAGUAAUUUUCUGUGUUGUUGCCUUUCCAUGUGAGUGAUUUGAUCAAAACCCUGGUGUGUCUUACAUGUUAAACAACAAUAAAAACGUUCUGAUAUCACGAUCCUUUGUGGCAUUUGCUUUCUCUCCUUGAGAUCCCAAGUUGAACCAUACUUUGCUCCAGAUGGAAUGAGAAAAAACUGAUUUUAAACCACUGCCAACAACAACAACAAAUAAUAAAACAUUUCCCUAAACUGAAAAAAAAAAAAAACAGCAGAAAACAUUCAAUACCUGACAACUGACAACUCAACAAAUAAUGCUGAAUUGAUAAAAGAACCAACCUCACAACUGUGAAACAGUCAUAACAACAUCAUCUACAGCUGACAAGAAAAUACAACAGAUACUUCUUUUCAUACUACCAACAAUUGCUGGAACAAGGGAGGUAACAAACAGUGGAAGUGAUAGCAGCAAUAAAAGUCACAGCAACAGAAGCAACAACAACAUAAACAACAGUGAUAUCAGAAGCAGGAGUAAUUACAAGUACAGAAACAUAAAGAAAAAAAACCCACUUCAACUAUUUUGCAAAGUUACAAUGUCACCAACCAGAGCAAUAAAAAAACAGAGAUCUAUUCUCUGCCAUCUAGAAGAAAGAAUAAAAAAGAAAGAUAUUUUGGUUUUCAUUGUCAGUAUAUUUGUUGGUAUGCAAUUGACAAAGUCUUUUAUGUAUACAUAUGCUCAAAAGAAAUGUUGGACUGUAGCCUCUGUGGCAAAACAUUUAGUCAGUCCGAAAUUUCAGCCACAACGUUUUGUAGAAGAACUUGGAGAUUUCCAAUUCAACCGAGGUCCCAAGAAGAAACUUGUUCUGGUUGGAAUCUUGACAUAUUCCCAAUAUUUCCAAACCCGAGACUGGGCAAUUCAAAUGACCUGGUUAAAAUCCAUCCCUGGUGAUGUGAUCUUCUUCGUGGGUAACAGCACAGAUCUGGCUCCUGUUGGGAUGCCAAUUGUGCGGCUGAAUCGAGCACCAGACAAUGUCUACCCACCACACCACAAAAUGUUCGAAAUGUUGAAAUAUAUGUACAAAAAUCUUGCAGAUAAAUAUGAAUAUUUCAUCCGUGCUGACGAUGAUGUGUUUAUAAAAGGCCAAGAGCUGGGAAGUUUGCUAAGCUCCCUAGACAGUCGAGGGAAAAUCUACAUGGGCCAACAUGGUCAAGGAACGCCAGAGGAGAAGGGAAAAUUGGGAAUGGGAAAGAAUUAUUUCUACUGCAUAGGUGGCCCUGGUAUUAUACUCAGUUACAAAACACUGAAAAUGUUGGGCCCACAUCUGGAUGCUUGUACAUUGCACCCAGUCAAACCCCAUGAUGACACAGAGCUGGGAAGGUGUAUGGAAAAGUACCUGAAUGUUCAAUGCAAAUCAAGCUCAAAGGCAACAGCUGUGUUCUACCACAAUUAUCGUGAUGUGAAGGGCAGUUUUAACCAUGAGCUUGGGUCAAAGGAGAGCUAUGCCUUCACCUUACAUCCAUUAAAAAACAGUAGUUCUGUAUUUCGGUUAGCCAUACAUUUCAAAAAAGAUGAAAUCAAAUGGUUGAAAGAAAAGGCAGAUAUGCUGAGAAAUGAUUUGGAAAUGGCAAAAAGAAGUAUAAUUGCUAAACAGUUGAAACAGAAUUCGAUGCCUACCUUAAAGUACCUUCACGAAAUUGAACUUUUGAAUCAGAAACCUCAAUGGGGAACACCCAUCAGAUUUUGGUAUGAUGCCAAUGAUGAUUCAGCAAACUGGGAGAAUAUAGAGAAGCAUUUGAUUUACUCUAAAGAGAACAUUCAUGGGUCCGCUCAGCAAAAUCUGAAUGUGAAAAAGAAGGACCAAAUCCUACAGAAUGCUGUUAGAACUCUCUUUAAUCGAUACUUGGAAGAGGCUGAUGGCAUCAAGUUAAAGAAUAUUCUGCGAGCUUACCGUUAUAUGUCACCUGUGCAAGGGGUACAACAUCUGCUACAAGUUUAUUUAUUGCAACAUAAGUCUAAAACUAGCUAUUACAAUGCCACAUUUAUCACUUCACAGCAUCUGUUGCCACUGAUGUUCACUGAAGAAGAGGAUAUGUUUGAGGAAGGUUUCCAUAUCAAUUCCAGACACAAUAAGGUGAAUGGUGGUGAUCAGCUAAAACAGAUCAAUUUGAUCAUACCAAUUAGUAGAAAAGUGGAAGCAUUUGCACGAUUUACUAAGACACUGGAGAAGAUCUUUAAAGAAACACUUGAGAAUCUCAACGUGAUUCUUGUCGUGUACAAAGACUCAAAUAGACUCUACCUCAAAAACAUAGACAAGAUGAAACGCUUGAAGUCUCAAUAUGCUUCCAUGAAACUAGAAGUGAUAUUUUUGACUGGAAAAUUUGUUCGUGCAGUGGCGUUGCAGCAUGGUUCAAAGAACUGCAGUAAUGACUCCCUGCUUCUUUUCAUUGAUGUUGAUGUGGUCAUAACAGAAACGUUUCUACAUCGAGUCCGAAUUAACACAAUAUAUGGCAAGCAAGUGUAUUUUCCUGUAGUCUACAAAGAAUUUAAUCCUGAAACAAUUUGCUACAAACCAAAUUGCAAGAAAAAUUACUUCCUAUUUGACCAGAACCAUGGCUUUUGGCUGUUCUUUGGUUUUGGUGUGGUUUCUAUAUACAAGAAAGACUUUCUGGACACAGGUGGCUUUGACACAAAAAUCACAACAUGGGGAGGUGAAGAUGUAGAUUUCUACGAUAAGUGCCUAAUAUCCAACCUGACAGUAUUCCGAGCCCCUGAUUUGGCAGCGGAUCAUGUUUACCACCUGACCCAAUGCCUAGACAAUGUAGAUGCAAAACACUACCAGAUGUGUUUAAAUUCUAAAAGUGCUGCAUAUGGAUCCCUGCACAGUGAAGCUGCAGCUAUCUACAGAUUCUUAGAAAUACUAAACCAUAACAGGACAAUAGACAAAUAAUAAUAACGAGAUAUCAUUUGAUGUUUCUUAGUAAAGUUUUUUUUAAAAAUGCAUGCAUGUGUGCCAAUAAGAUGCAUAUUAACAAAUGUGAAUAAACACAUUUAAGUGUA